AUGGCUGAUCAACAGGAUGAUCUCUGUGCUUUACUAAAAGAUUCUGGUGAACCGACCUGGGAGCGGGCCAUUGCCAAAGCCAAAGAUGUUGUUGAUAGGUUAGAUCAUGUCACCCUCAACAUUGCUGUGACAGGAGAGACUGGGAACGGAAAGUCCUCCUUCGUUAAUGCCAUCAGAGGCGUUCACGAUGCUGAUACUAAAAGAGCUGCACCCACUGGAGUCACAGAAACCACCAUGGAGCCCACCAUGUACCCCCACCCAACCAUGCCCAAUGUGAGGAUCUGGGACCUGCCAGGCAUAGGGAGCUCAAAUUUCAAAGCAAAAACAUACAUGAAAGAUGUCAAAUACAAAACCUAUGACUUAUUUAUCAUAGUAAAUGCAUCAAGAUUCACGGAGUAUGACAUCAUGCUGGCAAAUGAAAUCAAGAAAAUGAAGAAGAAUUUCUACUUUGUUCGCACACAGACUGAUAGUGACGUGGCAAAUGAAGGAAGAAAGAGAGUAUUAGAGGAGAAAACACUUGAGAAAAUACGGAACAGCUGUGAGGAUAAUCUCAGAACUCUGGGAUCCCCUCCUGUCUUCCUCAUUACAUCCCAUAACCUGGAAAGGUUUGACUUUCAGGAACUGGUAAAUACUCUGGAAAAAGACCUUCCGGAACACAAGAGAGAUGCUCUGGUUAUGAGUUUGCCUGUUCAUUCCAAGCAGUCUCUUGACAGGAAAUACAGUUUAUUCAAGAAAGCAGCAUGGGCUGUGGCCAUCGUAUCAGGUGCCAUAGCGGCAGCCCCAGUACCAGGUCUGUCACUAGCAUGUGAUGUUGCCAUGGUAGUUGGCUUUCUCACCAAAUGUUACCAUUCAUUUGGUCUAGAUGAUAGAUCCCUUGAAAAGAUGUCAGAGAGAGUAGACAAUGACAUACUGGCAAUGGUUAAAGAAUCAGAACUUGUCAGGGCGAUUGCUAAAAAAAAAACACUUGCAGCAAAGGUUGCAGGAAGACUUGUGGCAGCAGGUGUAAUUGAGGCACUGUGCCUCCUUGUGCCUGUUGCUGGCAACAUAGCAGCAGCUGGAAUAUCUGUUGCCACCACACAAUAUGUUCUCCUGGAAGGGUUGAAUGAACUAAUAAAAGCGACAAGGCCUGCCACCAAGUCCAUAACAGUGUGGAAUGAGGAUGCCAUCCCUCAGCUGCAGGACUGUUUUGACAGCACGGACUGGACAAUAUUCAACAGCCUGGAAGCUCCUGUUGACCCAAAAAGGGCACUGGAGGAAUACACAUCUUCAGUUAUGGACUACAUCAACUUCUGCGUGAACAAUGUCACAAGAAGGAGGACUAUCAUGGCUGAUCAACAAGAUGAUCUCCGUGCUUUACUAAAUGAUUUUGAAGAUAGACAAGAAGCUGAUAGGUUAGAUAAUAUCACCCUCAACAUUGCUGUGACAGGGAAGACUGGGUCAGGAAAGUCCUCCUUCGUUAAUGCCAUCAGAGGUCUGAAAGAUACUGAUCAGGGAGCUGCACCCACUGGAGUCACAGAAACCACCAUGAAGCCCACCAUGUACCCCCACCCAACCCUGCCCAAUGUGAACUUCUGGGACCUGCCAGGCAUAGGGAGCCCAAAGUUCAAAGCAAAAACCUACAUGAAAGAUGUCAAAUACAACAACUAUGACUUCUUUAUCAUAGUAAGUGCAUCAAGAUUUAGGGAGAAUGACAUCAUGUUAGCAAAAGAAAUCAAGAAAAUGAAGAAGAAGUUAUACUUUGUUCGCACGAAAACUGAUAGUGAUGUAGCAAAUGAAGAGAGAAAGGGAGUAACAGAGGAGUCAACACUUGAGAAAAUACGGAACUACUGUCUGGAAAAUCUGAGUAAAUUGGGAUCUCCCCAUGUCUUCCUCAUUACAUCCAGUAACCUGGAAAGGUUUGACUUCAAAGAACUGGUGAAUAAUCUACAGAGAGAUUUUCCUGUUAUGAAGAAGAACAAGAACAAGAACAAGAAGAACAGAGUUACCAGGUUUUUCUCCAUGGUGGCUAAUCUUUUACGGACAAUGUUUCAAGGAAUCCAGACUUGUUCGGCCAAUCGCAGAAGAAACCACCGACCUCAGCAAGCAUGGUAA